AUGCAAACCUAACACUUAGAAGAGAUAGGAGUGAAAGAUCCAGUCAAGAUAGGAGAGGGUUCAUUCGGGUAAGUGUAUAAAGGGAACUUCAAUGGGUAGGAAGUAGCAGUUAAACACCAGAUAAUUCAAAAUUCCUUCCUUUCUGAGAUAUCGAUCCUGGAAAAAAUAGAUCAUCCCAACAUCAUAAGACUACUAAAGGAAUACAAAUUCGGGAACAUGUCUUACUUGGUUAUGGAGUAUUGUUCAGGUGGAACACUCAAGGAUUACAUUUAGAAGAAGCUUACAGAAGACGAAAUAAUCGGGAUUAUGAGAUCCUUGUUAUCAGCAGUGGAGUAUUUGCAUGGCCAAGGGAUCAUUCAUCGAGACAUCAAACCUGAUAACAUUUUAAUCAAAAAUAAAAAUGACUUAUCUUCCAUUAAAUUAGCUGAUUUCGGGCUAAGCUUCUAAUAUGACGCCGAGAUCCAGUAUUAUUAGACAGUCUCUCAUCAAUGUGGUACCUUCAUUUUCAUGGCACCUGAACAGAUCCUCAAUAUGUCAUAUAACAAAACUGUCGAUACUUGGUCUUGCGGAAUUGUUCUUUACAUGCUCUUACAAAAGAAACACCCAUAUUAUCCUAAAUUUUCUACAAAGAAUUAAUUUAUAUAGAGUUUUCCCAACAUUUAAUACGAUGAACCCAAUAAUGCGUCAUCAUUAACUAGGGAUUUCCUGAGACGUCUAUUGUGCUAUGAUCCUCAUCGUCGCUAUACAGCCUUGCAAGCUCUUUCACAUCCAUGGAUCACAAGACGCCAUCAGGAUAGCAUCCCUAUGGGUUUGAGAGAAUUCGGCAUUUGUAAACAAUUACAGGAGAAGAUGAUCCAGUAUAUCAAAAUGAUCAUGUUCUUCCAAUAUCUAAGAAGGAGUGGCGAAUUGACUGAACAUCGUAAUCGAUCAGAAAGUCAUCCGGAAAGUCAAACCUUCUCUGAAACGUCUAUUCAUAAAUAGAUACAACAUAAGAGCAAACUAUUAAGACCUUUAGUCUUGAAGAGCCAAACAAAAUUUGAAUAGAAGCAUGAAGAAAUCAAAGGGAAGAUUAGAUUCUCUUAAUUAACAGCAUUGCUUACCCAAUAAAAAAGUGAAGAGUAGUUCUAGUACCAGUAAUAGAUACAAUAAUAGAUUAUCAAUAAAAUAUCUUCAUAACCAGCAUUGGAUUCUCCUAAAAAGAAAUAUCAUGAAAAACACAAGUUUAGUGUUGAUUGUGGAAAUGAUCAUCAGAUGAUUUAAUUGGUAUCAUCGGUCUCUCCUAUGAAAGGUGACUCUGAACAUAGCAAAAUAGAAUCACCCAAAAAGUCAUUUAGAAAAUCUUAGUCUUUUUAAAGAUUGAUACUGCCUCAACUAUCAGAAUCUACACAAAGUUCUAUAAGUCCGGAUAAACUCGUAAAGAAGGAAUCAAAAACCCUUGUAAUGAGGAAAUCCUAGUCUACUUUGCAGAUUUGCUUAAGAAAGAUUCAACAAGCCAAUGAAAUAUGCGAAUAAAAGACAACCAUCAGAUAAAGGAUGGAAACCUAUGAUUAAAAGAAUUAUAGCCAUCGAAUAAUGCAAAAAGCCAACUCUUUAAAUUCCUCUACGAUAUCUCCAAAAAAUAAACUUAUCCAACAAAUCAUCUAAUAGCAAUAACAGCUCAUUCUUCCAUAAUAUAGAAAAAGAUUAUGA